UGAUAUGACUGUUAUAAGACAACCGGAUAACACGAUCAAAACUCAGUGGUACAGUAAAUCCAUUGCUUCUGGUAGGAUGAUUAACUUUCAUUCAAUGCAUCCUAUGAAUCAAAAGUUAAACGUGGUUCACAAUUUCAUCACUCGUGUAGAAACGCUAUCCACAAACCUAACCGACUCUGAAAAACAGGAAAUAAUAACAACAAAUCUUUUGAUGAAUGACUAUCCCCGAAACCUAGUAAACAGAUGCCUGAACCGAGUGAAGGAACAUCAAACAAACAACACAACCACAGUAAACAACAGCAGCAACGAUAUAACCUACAGGUCCCUACCGUAUAUUCCAGCCUUAACACCAAGAAUCACACAACUUAUCAAGAAAAACUACCCGGACAUAUCAAUAAUAGCAAGAAACGAUAACACUAUAAAAAACCUGUAUACACGCAUCAAAGAUCCACUGCCGAUGGAUCACCGACACAACCUAAUAUACUGCCUGCAAUGCAAAGAUUGCGAUGGCAGCUAUAUAGGCAUGACGAGCAAUUUGCUGAAAACAAGACUGUCCGGUCACAGGAGUGACCAAAACAAACUUGAGAGAUUGCUCAACUCUGGACACACACACGAGGACGAUACAGUAAAAACACUCAGAGAAAAAACUGCACUCAUCACACACUGUAUUGAUUACGACCACCGCUUCGACCUCACCAAACCUACAAUAAUCGACGAAACACAGAAGAAGACCAUACUACCGUUCCUGGAGAUGGUAUGGAUACACAACCAAGAAACAAGUAUUAACAAACGAACAGAUACAGAAGGACUAAAUACGAAUUACUCUGAAAUUAUAAACAAAAUACAUACACUGAUGACACGCAGAAACACAAUAUUACAAAGUAACAGACAGUAAGCAGUACAGAUUAUAAAUAGUGAAAUAGUGAGGACAAAUAGGCAAAAAUUACCCAAAUGACACUGAUACGAAACCUAAUACCCAAAGACGGAUUUAUGUUAAGACAGACAAUUUUGACAAAAAACAGACCACUAGUAAGUUAACGAACAUACAAAAUUAUGAACAAUUAUAAUACACCUAAUUUUUAUAGUUCUCCCAUUGAAGAAGGCAAAAUACAAUUGCCGAAACGUCGGACAGUAGUAAAACCCUGUUUUAACUCUGGAAUUAAGACUGCAUGCCAAGAAAAUCC